AUGUCUUUGGAUUUGUUACCAAUCUGCAUUUGUUCAUUCAGCCAUCUUUCGUUGUUGGAUAUUUCAAACAAUUGUUUGAGCAGCUUACCUGAGGAUAUCAUUUACUUGACUUCACUUACGUUGCUGAAUGUUUCGAAAAAUUAUCUGGUGGAUAUCACUGCUAUAUGCGAAUUAUCACACCUACAGUCUCUUGAUGUUACUGAUAAUAAGUUAACUGAACUCCCACGGUCAUUUUGGAAGCUUGGAGGAUUAAAAUCUUUUUCUUGUUCAUUUAACAAGAUUGUUUGUCUUCCAGAAGAAAUUGGGUGUCUGAAAUUUCUCACAGCUUUACGUAUAAUGAAUAACAAACUUUCAACCCUUCCUCGCUCUUUCUCGAAUCUAACUGGUUUACUGCUUUUACAACUUGAUGGAAAUGUUUUUGACCACAUUCCUCUGCAAAUUUUCAGUUGUACCUCUUUGUUGGAACUGAGUUUAUCUCAUAAUGUAAUAGAGGGCAGUGUUCCAGCUAAAAUAUGUUCACUGGUUAAUUUGCGUACUUUGAAUUUAGCAUACAAUAGAGUAAUUAAUUUUCCAGUAGAAUUCAAACAGCUAGAAUCUUUGGAGUACUUAGAUAUUAGUGGUAAUCCAGUGGAACCCUCCACAAUUUCUUUCGGAAAACUCAUUCAGAUUCAGCAAUUUUCUGCAUCGAAAUGUGGCUUAUCAUUUGUUCCUGAUGAUCUUAGUUUGUGUUUAAAUCUUGUUAUUCUUGACCUCAGCGAAAACAGAAUAGGGAAACUGGCUAACGAGAGUCUCGGUUUUUCUCAGUUAACUUCGUUGUGUCUAGCGUAUAAUAUUAUUUCCACUCUACCAUUUUUAAUCUGUGAACUCAACAAUCUGGUGGUUUUGGAGUUACAGUUUAAUAAAUUAAGUUCGCUUCCAGAGGAUUUUGAGAGAUUGUCAAACACACUUCGCCAGUUAGAUCUUGGUCAUAAUGAAUUCGAGGUUAUUCCUAUGUCCCUGUUCUGUAGCAGAAGCCGUUUGUCGUAUUUGUGUUUGGACGCUAAUCCUAUUUCAGAAGUUCCAAAUGAAAUAAGCAACCUAAAGGAACUUACACAUUUAUCUAUAUCAGACUGCAGGCGAUUGGAGUCUUUGCCUGAAGGCUUAGGGUCGUGUACAAAUCUUCGUACACUUAAAGUUUCCAAAAACAAGUUAUCGUCUCUUCCAAAAACUCUCUCUAAGCUGGAAUCACUUAAGUAUUUGAAUCUCUCAGAUAAUGACUUCAAGCAUUUUCCGUUAGUUGUUUGCUCUAUAUCAAGACUCCGUGUGCUUCUCUAUGAUCAAACGGAAGGCAGACCACUGCUACCUCCGGAAUGUCCUAAUGGAUGGUAUCAGAAAAGCCUACUACUUUAUCCUGAAAUAAAAGACUCAUUUGAUUCAGAAUACGAAAGUUAUUCCGAGGAAAAUUUAGGAACUGUUUUACUGGAAAAUACGUUGUCAAAAACAUCAGCUGUCGGUGGUUUGCCAUCAAUAAUUGGAAAUCUUACACAUCUGGUUCAUUUAUCCCUUCAGUCAAAUGGGUUGUAUAUGUUACCCGAUGUAUUUCAUAAUAUGAUGUUACGGCGACUAAACGUCAGUCAUAAUCGCCUACGAUGUCUACCUCCAAAUUUACACAGGUCCAAGUAUUUGACACAUUUAUAUCUGCACAACAACAAUAUUGAUUAUCUGGAUCAAAACAUUCGGAACUUGAGGACUCUGAACAUAUUGACUCUUGGUCAGAAUCCACUUUUGUAUCCUCCAGUGGAAGUUUGUGAAGAAAGGGCUUUUCCAGUGUAUUCUUACCUAAGGAACUACAAAACGUUUGAUGAAUUUGUAUUAAAGUCACUGUGUGAAAUACUCAUCAACAACUUUCCAAAAGAAAACACUCAUAGUCUACUUCGAAAAAUUGGUUUCUCUGAUAUCAUGAUUGAAUCCUUGGAAAAACAGUUUCCCGGAGGUCACAACCACAUUAAACGUUUAAAAGUUGCCUUUGAAGCUUGGACUGGUUUUUCUUUCGAGUAUGAAAAGUUAUGUUUAAAUAUAAAGUCUAGAGAAUCAUACUCUGGUCAACAACUAACCGAUAGUAAGGAUUUUAACACAACUGAUAUACUUGCUGAACCAGAUAAAAAAUUAGUGGUGCAGAAUCAAUCUCUGCAAUCUGAACUGUUUGACACAAAAGACUCUUUCAGUUCAACUAACAAAAUAUUCAAGGAAACAAAUUCAAAUUUAUAUAUCAAUUCACACAGACUUUUACAUAUUGUACAUUUAAUUGGUUUGGAUGAGUUACAUUCAAAACUUAUGCAAUACGUACUACGUGCUCAGCAAGUACAAUUUUGAACAGUCCAGUUAACUGACUAAAUUAAAUUUAUUCGAUCAUUUUUUGUUACUUUACUAUGUAUACAUUUUUUAAGAUAUCUUGUUUUCUUUGAAAUGAUUUCCUAUAAUGAUUUAUUUUAUUGCCAAUACUUUUAAAAUAUA